AUGGGCCACCUAGAAUUGGAGAAAAAGAAGAAUGAAGAGCUCAAAAAAAUAAGAGAGAAUUCAAAAGCGCCUAAGAAUUGGUGGGAAGACCCCAUUGAAGGAUUUGACUUAGCUCAUGCCAAGGAGUUUAAAGGUAAUCUUGAAAAUUUGAAGAAAGUGGUUACAUUUGAAGCCUCCAAAUAUUUCCAAAGCACUAUGCCUCAUCAAAACUUCUAUGUCGGAAGUUCUAGUAAUGCUCCUUUUAGGGUUGAUGGUGGUAAUUUUAACCCUGAUCUGGACCAAUUUAAUCAAAGAAGAAUGGUGGAUAUGAGUGUGCUUCAUAAUCCGAACUCUGUUCUCCCUAAUCAUGCAUUACCGUUUGGAAAUAGUAGUCAUGGUAAUAUUUCUGAGAGAUUUGUUCAAGAGUACAAUAUGAACUACAUGCGGGAGUAUCACCAAAACCAAAACCUGAGUUUUAAGAAGGAAAACAUCUCUGAGAAUGAUGAUCAUCAUGAUGGCCAUCCUCCUCCUGGCUCCAGAUCUGAUUAUUGUUAA